GUCUCAUGUCUCGUGCACGGGCCUGCACAAACAAAGCACGGCUAUUCUGUGGUGCACUACACGCCGACAGGAUGUUGAUAUUAGCGCAGCCAAGCGCCAGCAGCGCCAGCGUCAGCGUUGUUUUACAUGGUGGAGGAAGCUUUGGAUCGACCCUCGCGGGCAGAAUUGCAACAGCAGCAAUCCCCGCCGAGGUUAGGUCAUCGCCCCUGCUGGAGAACUGGGAAGGGCUGAAAGAAGUCUGCACCGGCGCCGACACCGUGUAUUUGCUCUCGGCGCUAGAUCUCCCUCCCUCGCCAAACGACUCCGACUUGCAGGCCUUCACAGCAGGUGUCAGUAGGGUGGUUGAUUGCUGCCUGGAGUGCGGGGUAGAGGGCUUGGUAUUCACCAGCUCGUCCAGCGUAUUUUCGUCUGCGGAGAAAGCGCAAGGGCCAACCGAGCACGAGGAAGAAGAUGAUGUGAAGGCGCGGACCGUGGCCAGGGCUGAAGCAAGAGUCCUCGACGCCAGUGGUGCAACAUCCCCGUCGCACUUGCACACCUGCGCUCUGCGGCCUGCUGCCUUCAUCUACGGGUUGUCGGAGAAGGAUGGGCCGUUACAUCGAGCUCUGUUGUGGGUGGGCUGGGGUUUGAAUCGCGUGGCGGUGGGACCGAAGUGCCCGGAAGACGGCGGCGUCAAGGUGGACAUGGUGCACGUGGACAACCUGGCGGAGGCACACCUGCUUGCCGGCGCAAAACUCAAGAAGAGAGCAGAAACAGACGCACCAAACGCCAUGGUGGACGUUGGGGCAGGCGUUGAGGGUGCGGACGCAGAGCAAAGAAGAGGCCCCGGAAGCAAGAGCGAAGCUGCCCCGGCAUGCGCUGGAAGGGCCUACGAUGUGACGGACGGUCAGCCCCGCAACCCGCAGGCGUUCCUGGAUGAGAUUCUUGAUGGACUCGGUUUUGCGACGUCCAAGUUGCUUCGGGUGCCGACCUCGGUCGCACUUUUGGUUGCCCGGGUGGCGGAGCUGUUGUGCAAGGUGGGAAUAACGACCGCGCCGGCGCUGACAAGAUCGGACAUCCGGGGCCUCACUGAGGCUCGCCGCACCCACAGCAAUGCUCGAGCACAGAGGGACUUCGGAUACGUUCCACGCGUCGACCCCGCGACAGCCACCAAGAGAACCGUCGAGUCGCUGAAACGGGACGGGUGGGCGAGGCACCGCGUCCGCCGACCAGCCCUCGCCUAUUGGAUCACAAACCCCGGGGGCAUCUGGCUAGUGACCCUCGCGGCCUUCGGGGGCCCGUGCCCUCCUUUCACGGAGGCGCUGGCGAGAAGUGCCGGGCACGUCGGGCUGCGGCUGCUCAAGGAGCAGUCUACCGUUCGCGCCGUGUGCAUCGCGGUGUACCUGGUCCACGUCCUGGAAGGGGUCUACGCCUUUCGCGUGGCGUGGCACGCCGGCCACCGAGACGCGGCCCCGGGGUGGUUCGCCCAGACGUUCCUCCUCGGGUUUCCGUCGGUGUUCUUGGUGAAUGACCUCAAGCGGGCAGCGAGCACCUCAAAGAGGAGUACGAGCGACGGCAGGCAGAAGAAAACGCCAGGUUCAUAAAAUAAUAAUGAUUGACGGUUUCAAGCGAGAGGACUAAACGGGCACGAACGCCCUCCACUUAGAAAACGAAAACACGUUGAUCUCUGUCUCUACAUAAUAGGCGAACCAAAUAGGUCCAGCUUAAGUUUGCGAUGAGUUCAUUCAUAGUGUACUUGACCUCCCUGGUUUGAGCAUGAUCUUGACUUGCUUUACGCUGCGAAAGCAAAGUCCACAUACACAGCGGAGGAGAGAAACUCGGUCGUGCCAUUAAUUGUUGUUGCUUGGGGUCCUGUGGUAGAUUGAUUGAUUGGUGCCUCAAUAAAUAGAUGUAGAGAAAGAAGCCGUGAAAUUGUCCCGAAGAAUUCGCCUCGUUCCUCACUGAGCUGAAUCCCUUUUAAAGCAAGCCGGCGAACAUCGUUGGUGUUGCUGUGUAGUCCCCAAGCUACUUUUUGGUUUGCGUCGUGCUUAUGGUUUGAGAAAGGGAGCGGACAGGGAAUUCCUAUGCACGUAAGGCGUUGGGGGCACGACAGAUGUACCACUAGUCAGGCAGCAUGCAGCGGGCUGAGGGUGUCCAAGCUCGGGAAACUGCAAUGAUGUGCUUGACAACGAAGAAGAAACAAAUGCGAGGCUCAGAAACGCGAAUGAGUUACGGCAGCUAGAUAUCGCGCUGAAUGUGGAGCGAGAAAUCUUUUCAACUCGAUGUCGAAAAGGAGCAAUAUGUCUAUGUAUGUCGUCUAGCGAUCGAACGAACGCAGAACACUCUUGCUGGCUUACGUAUGUUACAAAAUUGUCCCAGGUGGGGGGAGGAGUGGACUAGUGGGGGUACCAACGCAUAUGACAUUGUGUGCCGUGCGGGCAGCCGUCCAACAUGCGAAAUUUCUAUAUUCGGGAAAAAAAAAUCGCUUUGAACAUGAGACAGGCCUUUCCGCCGGUCAGUCAGCCUACAACGGGUGCUCCUGGUCGGUUGCUUCCAUUUUUUUUUAAGUUUGUUCGUCUUCCCAGUUUAGACUUUCAACCUGUGUCAACGACGUAUCUGAUCUCUCCGAACUGAAGAGCUCCUUUUCCGGU